GUCGGUAACCAUUAGUUUGUUAUGAUUGAGUGUAGCGAAUUAAAAUGAAGUGCAAAAUUGUUAUCCUGCGCUAAUUUGCGCUAAAAUUUGAUAUUAUUUGGGUGUGCAGUGCAGAGAACGUUUUCAAAACAUUCAACAUUCACAAAAGCGCUGAGUAAUGGCGCUGACACCGGACGACUUGCGAAAGCGUAUUCCCCAGUGGUCGUUGGAAUCGGACGGGCAUUUGCUGCAAUACAUGGUUCAAAUUUCAAAGAACCUACAAGAGAAGUGCAAACAAACCCAGAAUAAUUUGAACAGAUUGUUGUUCGAGGUGGACGAGAGCCACAUCCGUUUUGGGAACGCUUCAAACACAUUCAAUGGUGUACAGCAGUUGAAAUUUGUGGAAAAUCGCGUUAAAGACGACGACGAGAGUUUCUACUCGGUACGUGACGAGGAAGUGGAGAAAGACGAGAAAAGUUCCUAUAGUGAGAUUUUCCAGAUGGCCGUUGAGAACUCAGUUGCGAAUAUGUACAAAUGUUUUGAAAAGGUUACGGUUCAGCUAGAGAGCGACAGCGAUAGCGAUGAUGAUGACGAGGAAGCCGCCGCUAGGAAUACUGUCCUAAGAGCCGUACAAAAAUAUCCCUACAUUGACAGACCACUGCCAUAUAUUAUCGGUUCACAGAAGUGGCGCGAAAAAUGGCACGUAGGAUUGAUUGAUUCCGAAGAGGAAACUGAUUCUGACACAAAGCAACAGUUCUCGGAUUCGAGUGACAGCGAAGGAAUGUUUCCUUCCCAAACGAACAGCAACCAUACACCGUCUGAGUCGGAAGGAUCGGUGUGGGGAGUGCAUACUGAUCCUAGAAAAAGAGCCUCGUCCAACGAUCCAAGCGUAUCUGGGGAUGAUACGCUAUCGAUUCACUCGGCUUUGAGCACUCCAAAAUUACCGGCAAUGAGAGCAAUGUUGCCGCAGUAUAAAGUUCCGGUGUUGCCUGUACAGAAAAUGAUGCCACCCCCGUUUUCGGCGAACAACAAGACAGACGAUGUGUUGAGCGUGUCUUCAAAAUCGAAAACUUCGAAUUUGUUCGAAGAUUCAGACGAGGAUUCCACGCCCAUCCAUAAGCCCAGUGUGCAAACGACUAAACCUCCGCCGGCUUUCUUCAGAGAGAGGAUAGCAGAGAGAAAAAGUUUCGAUCUAUUUGCGGAUGAGCCUCCACCGAUCGAUAGACAUGAACCCAUUGCUGUUCAGCAGAGAAAGCCGGUUAAUUUGUUCAUUGAGAGCGAUGAGGAGGGCGAUUCGUUAAACAAUAACCUGCCAUCGAACGUAGGCAGUGUUUAUCAGGGUGAACCAUCGACGUUAUCGAUCGAUUCAAAGCGCGCCAUCAAGGUCGAAAGUAAUGAGGCUAAAUUGGACAUAUCUGUUGGUAAAAAACCGACAACAGCGAACAUUUUCGAUGAUGUGAACAAUAACAAUUCCGAUAUUCUGGAGGAAGAUGAUUUGUUUGUGCCAGCGAAAAGAUCCAUUAAUGGUGGGCCUGACAGAAUACGGAAGAUAACAAAUCUAUUCGAUGACGACCCUCCAGUGGAUGAUUUCGAUGAGAUAUUCAAGCCUAAAGCUGGUGGUCGGAGGACUGUCGAUGCGCAAUUUGCAACUCCGCCAAAAACAAAACCAGCUGAGGCGAAUGAGGGCUCUAGCCAGCAGAAUAUGGGCAAGAAAGUGAACAUAUUUGACAGAGAACCUGAUUCACAGCGAAGCAAUGAAAUAGAUUCAACGCCUGUUCAGCGACCAGUCAAAACGCCGAUUAAUCUUUUCGAUGAUGACGAUCUAGAGGGGAUAUUUGCGAAGGAUACACCUGAGCUAGAUGUUGGCUCCAAGAGGGUACCAGAGAAGUCAAAAAUCAAUCUGUUUGAUGAUACCGACGAUGAAAUUAGGAUUCCGUCCAGUGAGAUUGUAUCCAAGGAGCUAGUUUCUAAUGAGACUAACGGUUCCAAUGGUGCUCGAUCUGAUUUCAGCAUACGAUCAGAGGUCCUUAAGAAGAAAACGAUUUUCGAAUCUGAUUCUGAUGGUGAUAGUGAGAAUGAUUCUCUUUUCAAUAGUCGCACAGUUCUCUCGCGUGUACCAGAACCGGUUCAACGAAAGACUAGCGAGGAUUCGCAAAACCCCAUCAUCGAACACGAAGUAGAUUUAAAGGUUGAUUCGGUCGAAGAUAGUAGUAAUCCCGAAAAGAAUGAUGUUGAGUAUGUGGAACCACAAGUUUCAAUGGAACCCCCAGAGAUUCCCCCAUUCGAAGAUCAACAGCAAGAGAACAUGAACGUGACUAACGAUAUCGACUACUAUUUAACUUCCUACGAAGUGUCUGGAUCAUCGAAGGAGAUUAGCUCAUCCAUCCUGAUAGAUUCAAAGUCAAAACUCAAUGGUGUACCGGAAAGGUGUGACGGUUCGCCCGAGAAACAGCCAAUGGAGCAGACUCUUUUAUAUGAACCUUACACUCUUGAUGCUGCCGUGACGCCAUUGGAAACAAACGAUACUUGCGCAGUGAUAAACCAUACAUCAGAGGAGGAUGUAUUACCCACGGUAGCGAUGUCUAUCGGAAACAAACCAUUGCUAGUGGAAGCUAAAAGUGCCUUAAGCUACAACUCAAUCGGCUUAUUUGAUGAUGUGCCACCCUCCGACGAUGAUUUCGAUGAACCUCGAGUGUCUUCUACUGUUGAUCAGAACGAAGAUGGGUUAUUCGCUGGGCGAUCAUCGACUGCAUCGAACGGCAAUGCUAGUGGAGCCAGUGGCAAUCUCUAUUUCUUCAUGGAUGUUGAUGGACCUCCUCCUGACGAUAUGGCAUCAGUGGAAGAACACGCUGAUCGAGAUGAGGUGGACGAAAAAAGUAACUUGGCAAAAAUACAGGAUCCUUCCAUCAAACGCAUAUCGGCUAUUAUUGAAGAACGUCAACGAAAUGAAAUCAACUUCGAACAAACCAAGCCGAAGCCGAAACCGAACAAACUAAACACCAAAGUUAACAUUAACGUAAAUGCGCUGCUACCGGGGGCACGGAAAAUUCCACCUACUCCAAGCAACAGACAAGAAAGUGAGUCUGUAACUGCUCCUUCAAUAGUCACAACGACCAAUCGUGGCGAUUCUGUCGCUGAAACUGCCGAACAGAAAUCAGAGUCCCAAACUGCUGCACCGGACAAACUGAUUGGGGUGACCAAAGGCCGCGCUAGAAUACAGGUUAAACGAAAACCUUCCUCCCGACAGCAUAGAAGGACAAAUUAUGAAAAUAGUAAAACUGCUGAUUUCGCACACGAUAAUCAGUCGAUAUCUGCCGAAAAAGCGCCCGCGGAAGAGGUGCGCGUUGUGCUUGGUUCGGAAGUGAGAGUACAGCACGAAGAAAUAAUAGCUGCUCCCCCAAGGGUAGACCAUUUGUUUCCCAUCGUUGUAGAGAACAAUCCGGGUCAAUUCCUUAGUUCUGAUCCGAUACCAUCGGAAGCCAUUCCAAAGGCUAAAGGAUUGUUCAGUGAGGAGGAAUCAGAUGGAGACGACCUAUUCGGCAGGAAAGGUGCAAAUAUCGCUACGAAUGUACAGAGUGUGGUCGCUACUACUAGGCAAAAUCCAAAGUCAACUAACCCUCGACCAACCGUUAAUUCACAUUCAAUUUUCACCGACAGCGAUGACGAUGAUGAUGAUUUAUUUUCAAAUAACAACUCUCAGCCUAAAACGUUAGGACAGUCAAGCAUCCAAGCUACACGGAAAACGUCGAUUGUUGAGAAGAAAAGCAUAUUUGGAUCUGAUGAAGACAGCGACGGUGAGUUGUUUAGUGCAACAAAAAAGAAGAACACCGAUCGUGUUCAAAAUAGUAGCAAGCCAUUUGAUGCCGUCAAACAAAAAACAGCUCGAGCGGUAACUUCUACCAAUAGCCUUUUCGGGGAUGACGAAGAUGACGAUGAUGACGAUCUAUUUCGUUCCAACAAAAAACAACUAGCGAAUUCCAAGCCAGCGCAGACAAGUGGAAAUAAGAGUAUAGGAAAAAAUUAUGCUAAAAGUAAUGUUUCCACUCAGGAUGAUCCUCUAGCCGACCUGUUGGGUUCAUCAUAAGCAAUUUUACGCUCGCAGUGUUGUGUAGCGUCGAUUGUAAGUAGUUACUCGGAAAGAGGCAGGUUCUUAUCUGAACCAAUUAUUAGAGAAAUGAUGCUGUGGAAGAUUCGAAUUCGAUAACUUUUUUUUCUCAUAUGAUUCGGUUGUUGAACAAAAAUCUAGUCAAAAUUCACCAGCCAACACAACGAUUUCUUUCCUUCGCACAGUGAUUUUCCUUCGGCGAACAUUCCAAAACAGUAAAAAGAUUCUAUUAUUUAUAUUUAAGUUUAAGUAGUUUGAGAUUUUGUACGGUGAGUAAAUACUAAGCGGUUUGGCCAGUUCAGUGGAUUACUCGAAGAUUAUCUAUGGUCAAUAGUAUCAUGAUGAAUUUUGUUUUUAAAUUCCAAGAUACAGUUACCGCUUGAUGGGUUUCGUUACUUUUUGACGAUUUUCAUUUUUCUUCAUAGAACGUCGCUUUUAUGCAUAAUCUUACGGAAAAACACAAAAAAGUUAUAGUUUGUUCCCAGCUUUUAAAAAAACAACAUCAAGCUCAAUUGUAUUGUAUUUUUUGUAGAUCCAUAUCGAAUAAAUUGGUUCAAGUACAAGAAUUUCAAGUCACACUUUCAGCAGGGCUAAUGCACUCAUUUCUGGUUUGGAAAAACGAACUAAUUCUCAAACAAAUAAGAAGAAGUUUAACAAAACACGUGUACACCUUAUUAGCGAAUGCCUAAUAACAAUGACAUUUAUAUUCUGCGAUUUUUUUUGUUCCCAGUAUAUAAAAAACAACAUCAAGUUCAAUAGUCCCAUGUUGAUAUUCUAGGCAUAACAGUCCCACCAUGAAUUUUAAAACCCGUAAUCAAGCUUGAUUGAUUCAGUGAGGGGAUCUCAUCACAUUUCAUUAAACAAUAGUAUAGUGCUUAUAAAAAACCCUCUGUAUUGCUAAAUUGAAAUGCUUAAAGCUUUUGGUAGUCAAAUAUGCGAGAAAACUUUGAUUACGUUACGUUGAGAUCGGCCUCUGCCGAGAAGAGGACGACACAUGAUUGCUUUCGUGUUCCGCAGUCGACAAGACCGCCGCCGAGCUUCACCAGAAAUCCGGAAUGCAAUUUUCUGUCUCCGUCGUCAGCGGCCCAAUCGGCAUGAAGCAUUCCAUCUCGUCGCAUCCGAAUCUCAGGUGCUGACGAUGAUCCUUUAAGCUCUUUAGGUAUCGAAGGUCUCUCUUGGUUUUACUUUUCUGCCCAGGGUAGGGUACGCAAAUGUCCGGCCGGGUGUUGACCGAAACCGUAAAGCAAACAGCCUACCAGACAGCGGAAUGACGUACAGUAGAACUCCUAUUAUCCGAGGAAUAGUCUGGCUUGCUCACUGGGAAUAACUAAAAUCGCGGAUAACGCAAUACAGUACUUAAAAUGAGUUCUAAAUUAUGCAACUAUCCAUCUACAAGGUCGUGUACACCAGUGGUCAGAUAAUGUGAAAGCCAUGACCAAACCAAAAGUGCAUGUGCCUAUCAUUCACUGACAAAUUCCGGGAAGGCCUAUGGAUUUACUAUGGAACUCACUGUCGCGAAUAAACCGGGGUUCCACUGUAUUUGUAGGCAAUGUACACUUUUCCUCUCUAUUUGCUUGAGGUGUCCGAGGUCAAUCGUGUCCGAAUCGUCGAAUCAUCUUUUUGAUGUAGCUUGCUUGAUCGAGAGUGUAGUGUCCACCGUCCCUCGUCACUUGAGACGAACUCAUUCUCGGAGUUGCAGGCGACGACCAUAUCGUGAACGUAUAUGAGGAUGUAGGUCUACUUUCUACCGUGGUUGAGGAUAUACAGACAAGUGUCGGCAUCCGCCUGGUGGAAGCCCAUGGACUUGAAUUCUCCGUCCAUCUACUUGUUCCAUGCUCGAGCGGACUGCUUGAAUCCGUAGAUGCUGCGCUUGAGGUGACAAACCAUGCCGUCGUGUCGAUCGAGGCCUUUAUGAACGUGUGGCUCCGCGUACAGGUUGGCAUUCAUUGUAUCCUGGUGUUUGACCACCAUUUGCUGUUUGUUGGCCAAAACGAGGACUGUUCAAAGCUUUCCGUUGACGGGUCAUUGAUCAAAGCAUCUUGAAUACUGGCCUGGACUCCGUAUGAGUCUCGGAUUGAAUGAAAACUGGGGCAAUUGUCAAUUAUAUGUUUGUCAUUCCGCUUUAUAAUACUUUGACGGCCAUGGUGUUUUGGCCAAAAAGUUCGUGAAAACCUGGAGGGUUCAAUGGUUGAUUCUUAUACUAGAUGGUGCCAGGAACCCAUCCAGCAUAACAUUUCAUCCCCAUCUGCCAUAUAAGGGUAAAAACUACCCGUGUGUAGUACUGCACACGCGGUCCCAACUCAAGGUAAACGAGUAAAAUAUCAAUAAAAAUCAUUUUGAAACAAUUCAUUUUUUCGAUAUUACAUUUUUAUAACAUUGUUUCAAAAUCGUAAAAUGUCUUCUAUUAACAAUCCAGACAUAACAACUUUUCGGAGCAUUUCGGGUAGUGAUAAAUUGUAAUUGGUAGAAUAAGACAAACAGUGAUGCCAAACUAUGAGAUGCCAAACUAUAUAUUGUGGGCAGCAAAAAACGAAAAACAUUAGUUUUAACGCUGUAGCGCACACGUUUGGAACUUUGGAAGAUUUUGCGUGUGCAAUGCUGCACUCAUGGUCCCAGCGGAAUAAUUUUUAAGUGCAGUACGGCACUCAUGGCCGUCUAAGUGUUAAUAUCUUGGAUUCUAGGCAAGGUACUGUUGUAGAGUCGGAUGAAAUACAAAAAGGUUGCAUGGCGCGAGAAUUGUUAUCAGAUUACGGAAUUGUUUAUCAGUGUAAUAAUAGCGAUCAGCCGGUAUUAAGAGCUGACCAUUUAAUGUAGUUUUGGUAAUGGACAAUGAUCUGCACAAAUGGGGCAUGAUACUUUUUUCAGGCGUUAAUUAUUCAAUUAAUCCCCAUCCAGCGGUGACUGAAUCUGCGAUUUUGAUUUUUCUACUCAACGCUUUUAUAGUGCAGCCGAUCGCAAAUCAAAACAUUCUUCUUCUGAAAAAACGAAUUCGAUAUUAUGUCGUGUAAUGCACAUCUCCCAAAUUUUCGAUGAAAAAACAUUUGUAAAUCAAUACAUACUUCCGUUCUCUGUACAGUUUUUUCACGGUUGAGAUGGAAGAAACGAUAGAUAAUAAAACUAGCAAUUUGAACUAUUGAAAAAAUCGAAAAUCAUAAAAAUCAUAGCGUUUAUCUUUUUCAUACAUUUGAUUGUAGUGGUUUAUUGGUUAUUACUGUUAAAAUCAGUAGAACAAAAUACAUAUACAAUUUGUCCACCUAGCGUUAUUGAGCUGUAAGUAAAUAGUAAUAAACACAAGUUAUUGUUAUAAAAUUUUAUAUGUAAUACA